AUGAGAAUUUUCUCGGCUAUUCUUCUAGCCCUCAACAUCGCGCACUUGGUCGUCGCGAAGCGCAAGCUUGUUGCGUCCUCCUUGGUGGCAUGUAUGCAGAACUCGCAGCUCACAGCAUCUGGCUUCAGCGUGGUGUUCGACCCAGACGACCGGUCGUUGCACUACAGCUUGGAUAUGGUGACUGAAAUCAAUGACUACAUUUACGCGGAAGUUGACGUUUACGCAUACGGAUUUAAGAUUAUUAGUAGAAACAUUGACCUGUGUUCUCUGAGCUGGAAGCAGUUCUGUCCCCUGCGCCCCGGUAACGUCCAAGUGGAGUCCAUUGAAUACAUAUCUGAGAGUCUGGCGAAACAAAUUCCUGGAAUCGCUUACCAAGUUCCAGAUAUUGAUGCAUUUGUUCGUAUGAACAUCUAUAAAUCGACUGACAAGUCUCAAACUCUCGCCUGCAUCCAAGCAUUUUUCUCCAAUGGUAAAACUGUUUCUCAAACAGGUGUGAAGUGGGCUACCGCCGUUAUAGCAGGCAUCGGGCUAUUGUGCUCGGCAGUACUCUCGACUUUUGGAAACUCCAACGCGGCUUCUCACAUUUCGGCCAACACUAUGUCCCUUUUCCUUUACUUUCAAUCUGUGGCUGUCGUGUCUAUGGAACACGUCCAUCGUAUGCCCCCCAUUGCCGCUGCUUGGUCUGAAAAUAUCAUCUGGUCAAUGGGGCUGAUCCGUAUCAGUUUCAUGCAGAGAAUUUUCAGAUGGUUUGUGCAAUCAACUGGCGGCAAUCCUUCUUUAUACUUGACAUCGAAGACUAUUUCGGUUCUGGUCCAAAGAAGCUUGGAAGGAAUUCAAAGGGGGCUGGAGAGUAUCAGGGCUCCUCCGGUCUUCAAGCGUAAUGCAGAUACUAUUAUUGGAAACUCUAAUGUUAUGAUUCUCAGAGGUAUUAAAAGAUUAGCGUACACAUCCAACAUCGAAAACACUUCUGUCGUAUGCACUGGUUUUACGUUUUUCGUGCUCUGUGGAUACUUUCUCGCUGGAUUUAUCAUUGCAUCAAAGUACGCAAUUGAUCUCUGUAUUAAAGCCGGAUGGAUCCGUAAUACGAGGUUUUGGGCUUUUAGGCAUAACUGGAGAGUUAUUCUCAAGGGUUCCCUUUUGCGUUAUAUUUACAUCGGUUUCACCCAACUGACCCUAUUGAGUUUUUGGGAGUUCACACAAAAUGAUUCUCCUGCUCUGAUCGUUAUUGCUGUCCUGUUCCUAAUACAAUCGCUUGGGUUAAUGCUCUGGGCUGCGUAUCGCACAAUCUCAUUUGCGAGGUUAUCUGUGGAGCAGCGCAAGAAUCCAGCCGCCAUUCUUUAUGGAGACCAGAGAGUCCUCGACAAAUAUGGGUUUUUUUACACUAUGUUUAGUGCUAAACGCUAUUGGUGGAAUUGUGUUAUUUUGGUCUACAUUCUCCUAAAGUCCAUAUUCAUAUCCUUUUGCCAGGCUUCAGGGAAAACGCAGGCAUUGGCUAUUUUUAUCAUUGACUUAGCUUAUUUUGUUGUCUUGAUCAAAUUCCAGCCCUACUUUGACCGUCCAACAAACAUUGUUAACAUUUUGAUCACAACGGUUACAUUGGUAAACUCCUUUUUGUUUUUAUUCUUCUCCGACCUGUUUGGACAACCUGGAAGAGUCUCGUCUAUUAUGGGAUGGGUCUUUUUUAUUAUGAACGCUGCGUUUUCAUUGAUCCUUUUGAUAUUGAUAUUGAUCUUCGUCUGUAUGGUCAUUUUCUCAAAAAACCCAGACCUGAGAUUCAAGCCAGCUAAGGACGACAGAACCUCUUUCCAGAGAGUUUCAGACAGCCAUGGAAAAAUCAACAAGUCGGUUGCCGCGGAACUGAUGGCUCUUGGUAACACAGCGAAGAAUCAUGAUGAGAACUGGGAAGAAGAGCUCUACAAUCAACAAAAGUUACAAAAAGAACAAAGCGUGUCAGGCUUGGAUUACUCUGACGAAAAACUGACAGGCUCGCGUUCCAACUCCGACGAUCAGGAAGAUGCCACUCGCUUAACCUUGGCGGAGAAACUGAAGCGUAAGCUUUCAUUCAAAAGAACAAAGUCAACCAAGUCUACUUCAUCCAGGGCCAGGAAAUUGGCAAACACCGAUGACGCGCCUGUCACUUCUCUCUCACGGGAACCAUCAACGUCCUCAGCACCUGUUGUCAAACGGGAUUACCCAGGUGUACACAGCCGGCAACAAUCAGAGUCUAAAAAUGGAUUAAUAGGCUCUAACGCUGUUGAAAACAGCAAACUUGAAACACUAGCGCAAGAGGAUGAUGCUCCUCUUGUCGACACGGACAAUUAUCAAGCUCCACAUAGCGGCAGUGUUGAAUUCGGACGAGACGAGAGCAUGGACUCCGUCAACGUUGCAGCCACUGCCAACGCCACUUCCUCAACGGAUUUGUUCACAAACGAUGGGUCAUACUACAAUAGAUUGUAA